CUAGUUAGGGAAAACAGAUCCUAAGUUCCUAAACCCAACUACUGAAAUCAAAGUUUUCCAUGGAUUCAGGACCUGGCGUCAAAGCCAUGCAAAUAAUCUGGCCAAAACUCACCGGGCCUAGCGCCAGGGGGGCAGGUCCACAGUGAUUUUCUUACUCUGAAGCCUAAUUUCAACAAAAUCGUCGGCCCAACUAAUCACCGAUUGCCUCUGCUGACUUCCGCCUCUAAUCAACGCAGCACCUACAGACUACAGUCACAGAGAUGACGGACACCGUUGCGCUCCACCGACCGGCCACCGCUCCACCGACCGGUCACAGAUGAUACCGGCGACCGCGCCCGGUCCCCCUACCUCUUUUUCCGUCCGCCGUACUACGCAAUACUCAGCCUGGUGCUGCAGUCAUGGGCUGCUUUAGGUGCUGUCCAUGGAAAAAACAAAAAUAAAAAUGAAUCACUGCUUUCAUUAAGCCACCAGGAGCCUUGGCUAGUAUAGUUGGGAAGUAAUGAUCGUAACAGAAAAGGGUUUUGUUGAAAUUGUGAAUGUACAGGCAUAGCCAUUUAAUCAAGCUUGGACUUAACACUAAUGCUCUAUGGGCCACGAGACUCAUUAGUGGCUAUUUGUCCUCAGGGUUUGCCAACUCCUUGAGUCACGCACACCAACUGUUUGAUGAAGUACCUUUUAAAGACCCACCAUUAUGGACCUCUCUCAUAGCUGCUUAUGCUCGUCACAAUCAACCUGACAAUGCUCUCCAUCUCUUCUCCCUCAUGCUCCAUCAAACCAAACCAGAUUUAGAUGCUCGACCUAACCACUUUGUCAUCACUGCUGCUGCCCGUGCCAUUGCAUCUGCUCCACAACACCUCUCAUUUGGACAAUGUCUUCAUGCUUUUAUAGUGAAAUCCGGAAAUUUGCUUGGAAAAGUUGUUGUUGAAACUGCUUUUCUUGAUAUGUAUUCUAAGUGUGGGGCUGUACACUUUGCAUGGCAGUUGUUUGGGGAGAUGCCUUACAGAAACCUGGUGACUUGGAAUGCUAUGUUGUCUGCGCACAUGCAAAAUUCAAUGGAGACUCUUGGGUCAAAGUUGUUUUAUCAGAUGAAGUGUGGGGAAUGCUAUGCACCAGAUGAGUACAGUAUUUCAAUUGUGCUGUCUUGUAGUGCACACAACCAAGAUCUUGUUUUGGGUAUGCAAGUUCAUGGAUACGCUGUUGUAGGAGGAUUUGAAGAAAAUUGUGCUAAUUCCAUUGCCAAUAUGUAUUUUUCAUGUGGUAGAAUUCUUUGUGCCAGUAAACUUGUGGAUUUUUUCCAUAAUGACACUGUUUCAAAGCUUUUAAGCAUAAGGGGUUAUGUUUUAAACUGCAGCUAUAUUGCUGCAUUUAGAUACGUAUGCUCUCUGGACAAUGUAGUUGAAAUUGUGAACACUGAUUAUACAAUUUUUGUGCCUCUAUUAACUACGUGUACAAAGUUAUCGCUAGUCAGAGUUGGGAAGCAAGUCCACGGCCUCUUUAUUGUUCUUGUAAAUUCAUAUAAGAUUCUCAAGUCAUUAGAGGAGAAUGGGACGAUAAUUGGUUGCACGUUAAUUGACAUGUAUUGCAAGUGCGGUGAUGUUGCGGAUGGCAGGAAAGUUUUUGAAACAUGGCCGUGGGAACAACACAUUUCACUCUGGAAUACAUUAAUCUCUGGUUACAUACACAAUGGCCUUGUUGAGGCUGCUAGUGUGCUGUUUGAGGUUAUGCCUGAGAAAGAUGUUGUUUCAUGGACUAGCAUGAUCACAGGGUUUGUAAAGAAUGACAUGCCCCAAGAAGGACUGAACUUACUGGCUAAAAUGUAUUGCUCUGAAGAAGGAUAUGGAGUUAUUGGGAACAGCUUGACUUUUGUAGUAAGCAUGGAAGCAUGCACCCGUUUGACAGAUUUGGAAAAGGGGAAGCAGAUCCAUGCAAAAAUCAUCCGUAGUUUGCCCGAUUUUGAUGCUAGAAGUGAUUUGGUGGUUGGAACAGCUUUAUUAGAAAUGUAUUCACGGUCGGGUAAUUUGCACCAUGCUCUUAGAGUUUUUGACUCAAUGGAACUCAAAAACAUUGUCGCAUGGACGUCUAUACUCACAGGUUUUGCAGCUCAUGGAUAUGGUUUCCAAGCCCUUGAUAUCUUCCAGAAAAUGCUCGAUAAUGGCAUCAAACCUAAUGCUGUGACAUUUGUCGCAAUAUUAACUGCUUGCUGUCAUUGUGGUAUGGUGGAUGAGGGACUGCAAUACUUCAAGGAGAUGAAGAAGUAUGGAUUGACACCAGAGGAAGAUCAUUAUACAUGCUUAAUUGAUAUGUUGGGGAGAAAUGGAAGGCUUGAAGAGGCAUGGCUUUUGUUAAAUGGAAUUGAGCUGCAGGACAAUUGGCCUUUUCCUGAUGCCAUUUGGGCUGCACUACUUGGGGCUUGUCAAUUGUACGGGAACGUAGGAAUUGGAAAAGAAGUAGCACAGAAGUUAUUGGAAAAUGAUGAAAAGCAUAUUUCAAGGACUUGUAUUGCAUUAUCAAAUGUCUAUGCAACAGCAGGAAUGUGGAAAGAAGCAUAUGGAACAAGAGAGUUAUGGGGCAAAGAAGGAAAUGACCAUAGAGAGAUCGGAAUUAGCCGCCUCAGCAUUCCUCCUUCACCAGGCUUUUAGCUAACUCAAACAACUUUCUAAAAGCGUUAUCAACUGAUUGUUCAACCUGCACCAAGUGAUCGGGUUCUUAAGUGUUUAUAAAUUUUACAUCCAGGGCUGGACGGGUCCAAACUAUUCAAUCUCGACUGCAUGUGAAAUGGGUAACUUAUGCAUUGUUAAUGCUGGGAACCACAUCAUCAAAGGUGACACUGGUGUGAAUGUGUGAUGCUUUGUGGUGGAUCUGAUUCAGUAAUUACACCUACUGGCCUGUAGGGAAGGCCCUACCUGGGAAGGCCCUACCUAAACCUGGGGAUUGCCGGGAUAAUGUUAAAUAUAGAAAUGAUUAAAUGUGCAUGUCAUCUUGACCCAAGCUGGUGAUCUCAAGGAGCUCCUAGCCCUUCUUCGUGGUUUUGAUCAGAACCUGAAGUUGCGGAUAAACUCUACAAAAUCUAUGAAUGGUCAUCUUCUGGGAGGAGCUGGUGCUGUAGAGGCUGUCGAACUGUUCAGGUUCCUAUAUAAUUGCAGUUACUGUAAUAAUUCUUUAAAUGUUCCUAUAUAAUUUCUGUUACUGCAGUGGAAAUACGGAGCAAUUCUUAUUUCCACUAUGUACCUUUCUGCACUAUCGUCCAUAUUCUAUAUGGUUUCUUGUAAAUUUGUCUUGUGAUGCAAUGAGAAAACAUUCUUGCCUGUUUUGCACAAUACAUUUUUCACCUGGCUACUUAGCACUUACAAGGUUCUAAACUCCUAGGAGUGCAAGGAUCUACUACACUCUUAAGAGUGCAAGGUUCUACUACACUCCUAAUAGUGCAAUUAAAAGCGUCUUGCAACAAAACAGGAUACAACAGUUCCUUGUAGGCUCUGAAAAGGAGCAACUGGAUAUUAAGGUUCACACUGAUAAAUUGGUCUCAAAUUAUGAGUAAUUGCAUGUACUAUACUUGCCUUUCAAGAGGAAUGUAAAAUGUACCUAAUGCUUCAUCUAUUGAACAUUUUGUGUAAAAGUUGCUUCUCUUUGGCUCAAGUUCUUCCUCACUUUUUAGCCGUUUAGGAUGUCAAAAAAUUGGGGACAUAGCUUGUUAGAGUUGCUCCGAGCCACUUUUGUAAAAAUUACUUAAAGCGGGGCUUUCAGAUGAAUACUUUCAUAUGUGGGAAAUAGGCGUUGUAAAUUGAUUUUGUGCUCUGAAUUUACAAGCUUGAAUAUAGAAAGGCAGCUAUCUAAUUCAAACUGAAGGUUUCACUCA